AGCUCUUUGGCGGGUACCGGAUAACGCCCAAGUUUUGCAACGCCACGCGGUCCCUGCUGAAGCGUGACUCGGAGCGGCGCGGACCAACGAUCUGCAUGUUCAACCACGAGUGCUUCCAGCGGCAGGGCGAGGUCGUGGGCGCCUGUAUGGACGGGUUCCUGUUCGGGACGUGCUGCGAGCUGCCGCUGUCGAACGAGGUGGCCGCCUCGACGGACUCGCUGCUGGAGAUGAUCAACUACACGAACGCCGACGAGGCGGACAGCACGUCGCAGUCGCCGCUGAGUUCGGCGAUUGCCAGCCAGUACGAGAAGUUUGGCAGUCAGUUGAGUGCUUCGGGGUACAAUCCGAUGGUAUCGUACGAGCCGGUUAGGCUGGAAGAGUCUCCGAGCAAGGAUGGGUCGACGAGCGCUCCACUGAAGAUCAAGCGGAAGAAGCCGGUGUUUGACAAGUUGCACAACAAUUAUAUUACGAACGAUGAUCUGGACGAGGAUAUCGUGCUGAACAGCUUGAACUCGCACAAGUACGAGAUGGCGAACGGAGCUGUUUCGGUGUACUCACCGUCGACGUCUAAUAUUAAGUCGGAAGAGAUCGAGAUCGCUACGACCGUGCCACCACCACCGAUUCAGGAAGAUGUUUCCUUUGUGCAGAUUAAUAACCACAAUGUGUACAGUUCGGAGAUUCCUACCUCGUUGAAUGCGUACAAUGAUGAAGUGUCGGACUCGAAUACGGCCCCGUCCGCUCCUAGCUACGAGUCGAGCACGGACAUAACCUCAACCGGAGUGCAGAUCAUUGCGAAUCAGAUCUACCAGGAGAAUCAACUGUUUGACCACAGCGACAUUACCCAUCCGGAAGCCGAAACGGUGCUGAUCAACGAAAACGGUGCUGUCGACCAAAGUUACGCCAAUCCUGCCGAUUUCGACGUCGAAGAAAUCGCCACGGAGGUGCUGACCACAGAGAAACCAAUCAGAAUCACCCCUCCAAAGCCCCAGUUCAAACCUAAGCCUAAGCCAACGCAAGCAACCGAACCAAACAAAUACGUACUUGUACAUACCAUUUCUAGUGACUCCAAAGAUAGCGAGAACCAAACCUCGAAGCCGACCGUUUCGGUUAACAACAUUCACUCGAUCAACUCGAUCAUACUGAUGCUGAACGACACGAACCUUGGACCUCAGUACGAUACGGACGAGGAGGAGACCAAGCAAGACGCAAUCCUUACGACGACUGUUUCGACGACCACCACGACGACAAGCACGAGAACUCCCAGUACGACCAGUGCUGAGCCGACUGAACCCGACACGACUUCCGCCGCAGUAACGUACGCGACCUCGUCGAUCGACUACGACAAGUACGGGCCGACUAGCUUCUACAUCACAAAACCCCAAAAGACAAGCCCACCAACCACCCAGCUAUCCACUAAGGUCCCUUCGACCAGCUACGUGUACAGUCCAAAGCCUACGAGACGGCCCAUUCUGGAACCGGUUGUAGUCCAAGCUACCUUACUGACGAACGGAUACGGUACGACGGCUGUGACGCAAAACGAACCAGCUAUCGACGUAUCGACCGUUCGUCCACCACCCAACAAAAUUGUCAUCACAGCUGGACCGCCGCCAUCUCAGCGGCCCGUCCUCAUCACUAGCGAAGGCGAGCAUGCCGUUUCGUCCGGGUACUACACCGUCUCUACUGGACCACCUGCAGCGCCUGUUGCAGUCUCUACUGUUCAACCCACCAAGAAAGUGACGCCCACCAAGCAGCGUCCCGUUUCUUCCACCAUCCAACUACCGGAAUACAUCGUCCAAUCGUCCACACUGUCCCACCAGUCCCCGCCAGCGCUGGCCAACGUAAACUACGUCCACAUCUCCAGCGCGUCGGACAACCCGUCCCCAACCGUUCACAUCACUCCGAAACCCGUUCCCGGACUCGUAACAUCCAGCACGUGGAACCAGAAGCUCACCAGUCCCAUCGGCAAUCAACGGCCAGGAUUCUACGAAAAUACCCCACCACCAGUGUACGUGUCUUCGCUGGCCGACUUCGAAGAUGAGGGCUACUUCGGAGUCACCAAACGACCCGGUGCCAGACCCACGGUCUCAUCCACUGCCAUCUACACCCUUGUCGACAACAGCCAGAUGCUCAACAGCUUCGCUUCAUCCACGUACUCUCCUUACGGACCAACGGCCGGCUAUCCAUCCAUGAACCGCAUCCCACCGAACGUUCAACCCAGUCAGAUCUACAUCGCCGCGCAGCCGAUCGAAUCGUCGACUAUCAAGAACGAACUCUACACCACUCCCGAUGACAUCAACAACUUCCCACCGGUGCGCAACCCCAACCUCAACCUCACCGACUCGACCAUGAUGACCAACAUGACCAAGAUCCAGAACGACAACUUCAAGGACGAGGACAAGGUCAACAUGCUGGUCAACAAGAUUGUCGCCACGUUCAACGGAAACUUUGACGAGUUGGAAGCCAUCUUGAAGGAGCGAAAGAACCUUACGUUGAGUACGACCACAACCACAACCGAAGCGACCACCACCACGGAAAGAAUCAAGCUUACCAGUUCCACGAGCAAGCCAGUGACCAAAAAGAAGAAGAAGCGACCAAGCGGCAGCAAGAAACCUUCCAACGGAACGUCAACCUCUUCGACCGGUGUCAAGAAGCCAACGACCACGAAGCCUUCCGUCAUCCAGCAGGAUGCUGCCUCCACAACCCUACGACCAUCGCCGAAGCCAUCGAAGAAACCAUCCAAGAAGCGGCCCAGCAACUCGACCAAACCUUCCACCUCAUCAUCCUCCAAACCAGUGCAGACCACAUCGCUGUCCAAUGCCAGCCCAACAAAACCAGCCAAACCGUCCAGCUCCAAACCGAAACCAUCCAGCUCUUCAACCUCAACCCGACCAAAGCCCCCCACUAGCGUAGUCUCGAAACCAUCCGCCGACUUCGAGCGACCACCCACAACGGUCUCCAAACCCGUUUCCACCACCAAGAAGCCCGUGCGGACAUCCACCUCGAAGAAGCCUUCCGGAACGAAGAAGCCCACCAGCCGACCGACGCUCGCCGACACCGAACCCGUGACGGUGACCACAACCCGCAAACCCACCAAGGCGACGAAGCGUACCACGAAGCGACCGACGACGACGACGACGACGAGCACCACCACCACGACACCGGCCCCGGAGGACGAGAUCAUCGACGAGGAGGAGAACGUCGUCGAGGAGGAGGAGGAAGAGGACGAGGACGUCGGCGAGGAGACCAACGAGACGGGCCAAGAUCUGCAGGGGUCGCGGAAAAUACUGUGCGGUCAGCGGCCACUGAUGAAGAGUGCGCGCGUGGUCGGCGGCAAGGCGGCCAAGUUCGGCGAGUGGCCCUGGCAGGUGCUGGUCCGCGAGUCGACCUGGCUCGGACUGUUCACCAAGAACAAGUGCGGCGGCGUGCUCAUCACGAACGAAUACGUCAUAACGGCUGCCCAUUGUCAGCCAGGCUUCCUGGCCUCGCUGGUGGCAGUGUUUGGGGAGUUUGACAUCUCGAGCGACCUGGAGGCGCGCCGAUCGGUGACGAAGAACGUGAAGCGGGUGAUCGUGCACCGGCAGUACGACGCGGCCACCUUCGAGAACGACCUCGCCAUCCUGGAGCUGGAGAGUCCGAUUCACUACGAUGUUCACAUAGUGGGCCUGGCCGUUUGA